UUAGCUCUCCGCGUAAAGCUCCUGGACACCAGAAGGGCACCGCACAGUUUCCGCUUCUGCUUCUCCGCUCUCUCAAGAUCAGAACUGAUUUAAAAAUUAAAAAAUUAAAAUAAACCUCGAGGGUUUAAUUAAACGCCCGGAAAACAGCAAGUGAUCUUAGGUGUUGUUUAAUUCAUUCGUUCACUGUUAGGCUAUGUAUUUUGGCUCCCAGUAGUUUAUUUUUUUUUACCUACCAGCUUGAACUAAUGCCUCGCACCAGAGACGACGCGAAGAGACGGUUCCUUUUUUAAAGAGUAAGCAAUGAGUAAAGCAAAUAAAGGAUACAGUGGGAGCUAACUGUGGAUGAUCUUGGAUUUAACAGCCGCUUCCUGUGAAAGCAAAGAUUCUGAAACUUAUGGCGUGAAGGGCCCAUUCUCGGCCUUUGUCACUCACAGCUAAUGGAUGUCUUUACCCAGUAUGCCUACAAUGACAGUUUCUAUGAUAAUGGAACAUGGAGCUUCAACGAUACAGCCCAAGAGCAGAAGCACCCCUACAACUACUACGCCAUGCUGCUUACUCUGCUCAUCUUCGUCAUCGUCUUUGGCAACGUGCUGGUGUGUAUGGCUGUGUCCAGGGAAAAGGCUCUGCAGACCACCACAAACUACCUGAUCGUCAGCCUGGCUGUCGCUGACCUUCUGGUGGCCACACUUGUUAUGCCCUGGGUCGUCUACUUAGAGGUGGUGGGAGAGUGGCGCUUUAGCAAGAUCCACUGUGACAUCUUUGUCACUCUGGAUGUGAUGAUGUGUACAGCCAGCAUCCUCAAUCUCUGUGCCAUCAGCAUUGAUCGCUACACUGCAGUUGCAAUGCCAAUGCUGUACAAUACCCGCUACAGUUCUAGGAGACGGGUCACGGUGAUGAUCUCUGUGGUUUGGGUACUGUCUUUUGCCAUAUCCUGUCCCCUGUUGUUUGGCCUAAAUAACACAGGUAAGAGAGAGUACAAUGCACACAUGAUCUUCAGUCUGUGAAUCAGUUACAGCUACAAUACUGCACUGUAAAUUUACUAUGGAGAUAUUUGUGCCGGUAAAGAACUCCUUCAUACCCGUGUGUAUCUACGUUUAGUGAGCCUUUGGCCUUUAGACAUUCUGUUUUCAUUUCAGGAUAAGUGCACUCAUCCAGAGGAUGUGAGGCUGUGCACCAUGAUUGUUAAAACUAAUGGGAGUUUUCCUGUCAACAAGAAGAAAGUGAUAUUCAUCAAAGAUGUGGUCAAUGAGGGAGAGGAUCUGGAGCUGGAUGAGCUGAAUAACAGUGGAAGCAGUGUGAAGCAGAAGCAGCAGAUACAAGGUGCUCUUGGAGACACUCCAGCCACGAGCCAUCAGCUAUUGAUGCCCAACAAGGCCAGCGCUAGCCCUGUCUCGACACCCCCCACGCCUCACAAGGAGGGCCAGAAAGCAGAAAAGAACGGCGAUCCUGCCAAGGAGACCUUAGGCGAUCCGGCACCCAUCGUAGCCAAAGCCUUCCAGACACAGGCCUUACCUAAUGGCAAGACUCAGACUUCUGUGAAAACCAUGAGCAAGAGAAAGAUCUCCCAGCAAAAGGAAAAGAAGGCUACCCAGAUGUUAGCCAUCGUCCUUGGUGUAUUCAUUAUAUGCUGGCUCCCGUUUUUCAUCACACAUAUCUUGAACACCCACUGCACCAAAUGCAAGGUUCCUGCCGAGAUGUAUAACGCUUUCACCUGGCUGGGCUAUGUGAAUAGUGCUGUAAAUCCCAUCAUAUACACCACCUUUAAUGUUGAGUUCAGAAAGGCAUUCAUUAAGAUCUUGCAUUGCUGAGCUGCAACAUCACUUAUCUGAUCAGACUGAAGGAGAGGUGAUGAAUGAAAGCAUAUCCUGUGGCAAAUACCUCAUCCUCUUAAGGAAAAUACACCACAUGGGGAAACUGCAAUCUGCUCAUUUAAAGUUAUUUAAGUGACUGAAAGAAAAAAAAAACAAACUGGCUUUGGCUUUGUCUUCUUGAAAGGCGUCUUGGAUCUAAAUGUUAAAUUUCGUGUGGAGUCCCGUUCUCCAAAUCACUGAAUGUAAAACAAGAAAUGUCUGUAACGAUGACCUGUUUUAUGGAGAGAGAAAAAAAAAUGACAUUGUUCUCUGACAUCAUUGUGCUUGUCAUGUAAGGAGCCAUCUGUGUAUACCACACACAUGCAAACUGCUAUUUAUUGUAUGUAUUUAUUGUAUUGUACUUUAUGUUUUAAUCAUAGAUGUUUUCUGCAAAUCUUAAAGAUAUCGAGUCAGUGUUCAUUGCAGUGUUAAAAUUGAAAACAAUUCACUGAUUAGAUUCACUGAUUGUCUGAAAGACACGGUAUAAUUUACUUGCUGUAUGAUGCGGCCACGCCAAUAUCUGCAAUUUAGCAAUUUUAUAAAUAAAUAUAUAUUAUAAUUACUAAUGCUAUUAUUAUUAUUAUUUGCUGUACAUAGUUUUUCUUAAUGCAUUUAUUGUGAUUAUAUGACCGCAAUAGAAAUGUGAUGCAUGCUACACUGCUCCUCUACUUGAAAUGCAUGUUUAACAAUAAAUUGCAAAAGAUCUCCAAUAAAUGAAGUUAAGAUACCGUGUGAAGUGCCACAUGAAUAUCACCGCUCACCGUGUGUAUAUGAAUACACUCAUAACUGACUGGUCAUUAUUCAAAAGCUUCUCUGUUAUUCCUAGGACUGAUCUGCAGUUUGAGUUGUUUACUGGAAGCAACACCAAGCUCUGCUGCAGAGGAGUUGUUCCAUUAAAACUAAUGACUAGUAUGUGGACUUUGCAGCUUCCAAGUAUAAUCAUGUGGAUAUGUGCAACCCAGCUCCUGAAGCCACUCCCUGGGGUCUUUGCUGAGCAAGAAUGGGGUGAAACUGAAAUAAUAGCUACCGCAAUACAUCUAUACAACUAUUACAACUACAGUGUUGGAGUUGGAGUGAUGAUCUCAUUUUAUAUUUACAGUAUAUACACACACACAGAGCUACCGGACUGACUCGCUAUGUGCCACUGUUUGAAUAGCCUCAGUCCUAAUGAACAGGUGGGAAAAGGGAGUUCAUGUCUGAAGAUGAGAUCAAAAUGAAGCAUAAACAACACUCCAGCUUAUUCUCUAGUAAUGAACACUGACUGAAUUUACUUGUUAUUACUGUGUGUUAUUCUUUUCAUUGUUGUUAUUCAUGUUUAGUUAUUUAAAACACAAUUUUGAGAUGGUUUGAUGCCUCUGUGCAUCUGCUACAGAUCUCAUUUUUGAAUAUUUCUUUUUCUUUAAAGGGCACGCUGUGUUACGAGUCACUGGGAAACUAAAUAUUUGUGGGUGCCAUGGUUUGCCACUAAACCGUGGUGUCUAUGUGUGAUAA